AUGAAGAAGGAGGUAGAGGAGGGGAUUAAGCGGCCUAUCGAUAGCACCGAACUAGACUCGAGGGACCACUGGAAGGAACUGACUGAUCGACAAUUCAAAGCGGCCGUUCUUGUAGCUACCUGGCACUUUCCACCCGAGCUAGGUGGCAGUUGGGACCUCGGACCCCGAAAAGGGGCCGAAAAACUGAUAGAGAUCGUGGCGUCCACUUGUGACAUCACAAUGUCGAGGUUUCGGCCACCCCGUGCGCGUUGGUCCGCCUACUGGUGGACUGAAGACAUCGCCGAGUUGCGGCGCGCUACCAUUCAUGCGUGGUGCUUGCACACCCGUGCUCGGCGAGCACAAGCGCACGGGGAAUACACGAGGACGAAUGAGGGCUACCGUGAAGCGCGAAACGCUUUCAAGGUCGCCAUCGGCAAGGCCAAGCUAGCGUUCAUAGAGGGGGUGCUGAAUGCCCUCUUCCCUCACGUGGGGGAGGCACUUCCUCAGAUCCCCAUCCCAGAACUUAGGGACGGGAGCUGGAACGAUGGGCUCCAGGUCGAGGAAUGGGAGGUCGCCGAGGCCAGGAAGCAACUUAGGGCCAAGGGCAAGGUUCCGGGCCCGGAUGAAAUUUCUGGCCGAGUCUGGGCGCUGGCUCUCGCCGACGAAAGUCUGUCCGUGUCAAUGAGGCACGCCUUCACGGCGUGCCUCAGGGAAGGAAUCUUCCUUCCAGCGUGGAAGAGGCCCAAGUUGGUCCUCCUCCCGAAGGAGGGCAGGGCAUUCGGCACAACCUCGGCCUAUUGGCCGAUCUAUUUGCUGGAUGAGGCGGGCAAGCUCCUGGAAAGGGUCAUUGCGAAUCGCCUUGUCCGACACCUGGCCACGGAGGGUCCGGACCUUCACGGAAACUAG